GCUCGCACAGGCGUGAGGAAGGCGGGGUUCUGGCAUCGCCCAGCCUCUGGCGACCUCAAUCUCCGGACUGAAACGACCAGUUGUUCUCAGCCUUCCCCUCUGACCUGCUACCUCGGGCAUUGUUUUCUGUUCUCCAGGGUUGUAGGUGGCAGGCGAAAAAAGCCUGGAUUCUGGCUGCUCUCCAGACCCGUGACCUUCGGCUCUGGGGCCACUGGGCAGCCGCGCCUUUUGGACGGGUGGAGAAGAAGCUGAGCACGUCUGGUUCCUCUGGCUGCUUGUCUCCUCCUGUGGCUCAGCCAUGGGCUCACGGAGCUCUCAUGUCGCGCUCAUUCCCGACGUGGACCAGAUUCGCAGAGAGACCGGCUUCUCACAAGCCAGCCUGCUCCGCCUCUAUCACCGGUUCCAAACCCUGGACAGGGAUGAAAAGGGCUACCUGAGCCGCCUAGACCUCCAGCAGAUCGGAGCGCUGGCUGUGAACCCCCUGGGUGACCGCAUUAUAGACAGCUUCUUCCCCAACGGGAGUCAGAGAGUGUAUUUUGCAGGCUUUGCCAGGGUCCUGGCUUAUUUUCGACCUAUAGAUGAAGACGAUGCCACACUCCGAGACCCCAAGCAACCUGAGCCCCUAAACAGCAGAAUGAACAAACUGCGCUUUGCAUUUCAGCUCUAUGAUCUGGAUCGGGAUGGGAAGAUCUCCAGGAAUGAAAUGCUACAGGUUCUCCGCCUCAUGGUUGGGGUCCAGGUGACAGAUGAGCAGUUGGAGAGCAUCACAGACCGAACGGUGCAGGAAGCUGAUGAGGAUGGGGAUGGGGCCGUGUCCUUCCUGGAGUUCACCAAGUCCUUAGAGAAGAUGAACAUUGAACAAAAAAUGAGCAUCCGGAUCCUGAAGUGACCUCUGCCUGUGUCUUUGACUCCUGUAAAUGCCUAUGGGCUUGAGAUUUAUCCUUUGACCCCCUGGAGGCAGGAUUCCACAAACCAUAUUCUACUUUGAAACUUUGUUUAGGGCUAGGAAAGGGAGUUGGAAGAAUGUGUGCUGAAGUCUCCUUUGCUCUCAGAUUUGUGAAUCAGCCAGUGAUUUGGUUGCAAGUGGCUGAAAGGCUAACCCAAAGUGUCCUGAGUAAAAAAGUGAAAAGAGUGACACGUGCCUGUGACUAGACAGCCUGGAACUAGUUGCCUUUAGGGACAGCAGGAUCCAAGGACAAGCAUGGUGUCAGCAGGAUUGAGUUUUGUCACCUGGGGUUUUCAACUUGGCUGCCUCCUUGCACUGGGAUCAUUCCUUGGGGUACAAAGGGCCGACAGCUAUCCAGAUCACAUCCUCUUAGCCCACUAACCCAGAGGAAGAGAUACCUUACUCCAGAAAUGCCAACCAAGCAGCAUCAGUGGCCCAGCUGGGUCUUUUCUCUAUCUCCAGGGGAAUGGAACAUUCAAAAAAGCUAUGCCUGUAUCAUAUAAUAAUUCCAAAACCCUGAAAUAAGGCCCGGAGACUUAGCAUAGAGUGAGAGGUGGUUGCCUAAAGGAGAAUGAAAUAAUGUUAUCAGAAAAGUGUGUGUGUGCGUGUAUGUGUGUGUGUGUGUUGGUUGUGUAAAGGCAACAUGAAUGAUACAUCUUGUUACUACUUGGUUGAUUAAGGGAAUCUUGAAAUAUGGUCUCUUGAAUGGGUUUUCCUGAUCCCCUGGAUGAAAGAUAAUGUGAUGUGGUUGGUAGCUGGUGGGAGGAUGGGGUACAGUAAUGAACCAUACUUACUUUCUUAACAUGUAUGGUUACUCCAAGCUUUGCAGAAUAAUUUGUUGUGUUCAUGGUAAGAAGUUUGGACCUUGUCAGACUGCAGAAAAGAGUAUAAAAGUCACAUCGAGGCAGGAUAGAAGCACACACACAGACACAAGAUAUAGAGAUAGUGAUAUAUAGCUAUAUGUAUGUACACACACACAUACACACAUAUAUAUACAUAUAUCAAGCUAUGGAAUUUUCCUACUUAAAGACUAUUGCUUUUAUUUAGAGACAUUUCAAAUAAUAAUGUUAAAAUUGGGGCUAGAGAGAUGAAUCAACCUUUAGGAGCACUCACUGCCCUUUCAGAGGACCCAGAGUCAGUUUCUAGUAGCCACAAUGGAUGGCUCAAAACAGCUUGUUUAGGAAUCUGAUGCCCUUUUCUGGCCUUCACAGGUACUGCAGGUAUGUUGUAAAUGCAGACAAGUGGUCACAAACAUAUAAGUAAAAA